UUGAACCUUGACUGAACCAUUUCAUAUUUCCAUUCCCUUCUGAAUCAAAUAAUAACCCCUCUCUCUCACUUUGAUUGAUUCAUCAUUCAUCAACACACAACAACAAGGGAGAGUCUCAUUGAUCAUAAAAAAUUUGAAGAAGAAAAGAUGCAUCAUCAUGCAAAGACAGACUCAGAGGUAACAAGCGUUGCAACUUCAUCGCCGGCAAGAUCACCGCCGCGCCGCCCUCUCUACUACGUCCAGAGCCCUUCAAGGGACUCCCACGACGGCGAGAAGACUGCCACGUCAGCUUCCUUCCACUCCACGCCUCUCCUGAGCCCCGCCGCGUCACCUCCACGCGCCUCCACCACUCGCAGCAACAGCAACAGCAACCUCAACGGCAAGAGCACCAUCAAGGACCACCGCCACCACCACCGGAGCCACAACAACAAGGCCUGGAACAGCCACAUCGAUGCCAUUGACGAAGAAGACCUUCUCUACGGCGACGAUCGACACGAUAAAACUCUCCCUCGCCGCUGCUAUGUUCUAGCUUUUGUUCUUGGCUUCCUUGUUCUCUUCAGCUUCUUCUCUCUCAUACUUUGGGGUGCCAGCAGACCCAUGAAGCCCAAGAUUUCCGUCAAGAGCAUAAAGUUCGACCAUCUUAGAGUCCAAGCUGGUUCAGAUGCUACUGGUGUGGCCACUGACAUGAUCACUAUGAAUUCUACACUCAAGUUCACAUAUCGCAACACUGGCACCUUCUUUGGGAUCCAUGCAUCUGCAACACCUUUGGAUCUCUCCUAUUCAGAUAUUGUUAUUGCUUCCGGCAAUAUGAAGGAGUUUUAUCAAUCUAGGAAGAGUCAAAGGUUGGUGAGUGUUUCAGUUAUGGGCAACAAGAUCCCUCUCUAUGGAAGUGGUAAUAGCUUGAGUAGUACAACGGGUGUUCCAACUGUGCCAGUGCCAUUGAAACUUAGCUUUGUGGUGAGAUCUAGAGCCUAUGUUCUUGGGAAAUUGGUGAAGCCAAAGUACUACAAGAGGGUUAAUUGUUCCAUCACUUUGGAUCCCAAGAAGCUCAAUGCCCUAAUUUCUCUCGAGAAGUCUUGCACAUAUGACGAUUGAUUGGUGCACAUGGAAAAGAAUUAUUAGAAGGAACAAAAAGACUAUUUUUUUUUUCUUUCUAAUUUGUGGUUUAUUUUUUGUUUUUUAUUAUUGGGUGGGGAAUGAAAUGGGUACAGCUCAUUGCAUGAUGCUCAGGGCUCAUUAUUUUGGAUUCUUUUUGCAGCUGAAAAUGCCUCAAAUUGUGGUUAGAUAAAGACAUGUUAGUGGCUGGGUUCGGUGGAGAAUUUAAUUUUAUGAAUACUUUUUUUAACUUUUACUUUUUGUAUUAAAGUCCUUUGUUGGAUUUCAAUGUAAAAUGAUAAAUUAUUUAAAUUUAUUCAAUCCCAGUGUUGUUGUAA